AUGCGCCAACCUAGGGAUGCUCCUGCCUGGCUCAAGCACGACAAGCAGGUGCUCCGGUUUUAUGGCUUCUUCCAAGAAACCGUGACCGAACGGCCAGACGAAAAUGCACGCUAUCGACAUGUUUCCAUCAUGUUCCACAUGGAGGAUGGGACCAUGAGCAUGAACGAACCGAAGGUGGAGAACUCCGGAAUUGCUCAAGGAUCUUUCUUGAAGCGGCAAAAGGUGUGGCGUGAAGACGGGCUUGCAUAUAUUGGCCCGGAUGACCUGCGUGUUGGGAGCGAGAUCACUAUCUUUGGCCGGACCAUCCACAUCAGUGGGUGUGAUAGGUUCACGAGAUGGUUUUUUGAGCAGAAUGGGAUAUCGCUACCGCCUGAAGAGCCAAUGGUGGAGGAUGAGUGGCACAAGACGUACAAGCUGAGGAAAAGCAUAGAAAAGGGUCAAAAGCCAUUGACCAAGGCACAAGUGGAAGAUGCUUGGAUUCAGAAGUGGGGAGCGAAGAACUUGGCCAAAUUUAUGAGCGGAGCUCCGCAUGUGGACAUGAAAUUCACGCAGUUCGCCCUGAACGAGCGGAAGGUGCUUCGUUUCAAAGCAUUCUGGGAUGAUCACACACCGUACGGUGCGCGUAUGUACUUCAUCAUCCACUACUUUCUGGCUGACAACACCGUGGAGAUCAACAUGGCCCAAUGCCGGAAUUCAGGCCGUGAUGCAUAUCCAAUGUUCAUGAAGCGGGGCCCGCUGUCCAAGACAAACCAAGUCCUAGCAGUGCCAGGCUUGUUGGCCGCAGAAGGACAGAUCUACUACCCGCAGGACUUCCUUGUGGGAGCAUCGAUCAACGUUUGGGGCCGCAAGCUUGUCAUCUAUGACUGUGACGAUGCGACCCAAAAGUUCUACAAAGAGUAUUUGGACAUAGACCAGCGCAAGGGGUGCAUCGACGUGUCCGAGAAGCCAGUGACACACUUGAAAUUGACACCGGUUCCUCACACUGGGGUGGGCCGAGAGGAGGAUUCCUUGAUCAAUUGCCAGAUGAUUCAGCCAAAGCCUCCAAAAGUUGACUUGGAGCGGCUCAUGUUGUACCACGGAGAAAUCCUAAGGUUUGAGUGCAAGAUGAUGAAUGGUGAGCCUGAAGAUGAACUUCGACGCUUGGUGAUUGCUUAUUACCUGGCAGAUGAUGAAGUGGCAGUUUUCGAGGUGCCGGUGCGAAACAGUGGCCACAUGGGUGGAAGGUUUUCAGAGAAGCGCCGCAUGAAGAAUCCGGACACUGGAGAAUACUUCAAGAUCGGAGAGGCUUGGCUGACUUUUAGAUCGUCCGUGAGCUCUGCCCGGAUAUCGCAUGCGGCGGAGCUGUUCGCUUCCAUGUUUGCCACCAAGGACUUGUUUGUCGGUCAGACAGUUACCAUCGCCGCGCAGCCAUUGCAAAUCACACGAGCGGACGAGCAUUGCUUGCAGUAUUUGGAGGCCCAUCCGGACGAGUUCCCCUAUGCCAGUCCUGUGGCUUGUGCUCGACGUUUGUUGCCAUUGGCUGCAGAUCCCGAAGUGCAAGACGAGAGAGGAAUUGAACCAGAGCGCUUGAAGGAGCUGGCUGCGAAAGCAGGAGUUUCCCUCAUAGACCAUGAGUUGGUCACGCUGCUGCGACAUUUCGGAGUCCCCCCUGAGAGUGAGGACCAACAACCCAGAAUCAUUGGUCCACAUGCGCUUGAAUGUGCUGGCUGA